AUGAGCGCUGAGAACAUGGAGGUGAGAUGGUUCCGAUCUCAGUUCUCUCCAGCUGUGCACUUGUACCGUGAUGGGCAGGAUCAGUACGGACAGCAGAUGCCGGAAUAUCGAGAAAGAACUGAGCUCUUGAGAGAUGACAUCACCAAUGGGAGAGUUUCUCUGACAAUACGUGAUAUCCGACCCUCCAACCAUGGGCAAUACGUGUGGUUUUUUCAGUCCAGUGUCUUUUAUGGAGAUGCUAUAUUGGAACUACAGGUGGCAGGUUUGGGCUCUGAUCCUGUCAUCUCUGUGGAGGGACAUCAGGAUGGAGGGAUCCGGGUGGUGUGUCGAUCAUCUGGAUGGUACCCACAGCCUGAGAUGCUGUGGAGAGAUCUCCAUGGGCAUCUCUUACCAGCAGCCUCUGAAAAAAUAUCCCAAGAAGCUGAUGACCUGUUUCAAACAGAUAUUGCCAUUGUUCUAACAGAAGAGUCCAACCAGAAAGUGUCCUGCUGUGUCAGGAACCCCCGACUCAACCAGGAGAGAUUGUCAACAAUUUCCAUAGCAGAUCUGUUUUUCCCGAGGGUCAGUCCCUGGAUGGUGGCUCUGGGGAUGAUCCUGGCUCUCCUGGCUGUUCUCAUUGGCCUGGCCAGUUGCUGCUUCUGGAGACAACACAGAGAGAAAGGGUGGAGAAGCGCCCAGAUCUAUGCAGUGGAUGUGACUCUGGAUCCAGACACGGCAAAUCCCUGGCUCGUCCUGUCUGAGGAUCGGAAACGUGUGAGACUCGGAGACAAACAACAGGAUCUGCCUGACAACCCUGAGAGAUUUGAUUAUUGUCACUGUGUACUGGGCGCUGAGGGGUUCACAGGCGGGAGGCGUUACUGGGAGGUGGAGGUGGGAGACAAGACUGAGUGGACUCUGGGGGUUUGUAGGGACUCUGUGAGCAGGAAGGGGCAGGUCAGACUCUCACCUGAGGAUGGAUACUGGGCCGUGUGGCUGAUAGAUGGGGAAUACAAGGCCUAUACCUCCCCCAAAACCCCUGUCCCCUUGAGCGUCAGGCCCAGCCGGGUGGGGAUUUUCCUGGACUAUGAGGCAGGCGAGGUCUCAUUUUACAAUGUGACUGACAGGUCCCAUCUCUUCACUUUCACUGGCACCUUCUGCGGGAAGCUCCGCCCUUAUUUCCAUCCUGGUUACAAUGAUGAGAGUGAAAACGUAGCUCCCCUGAUAAUCUGCCCGGUCCCAGCUCAGGCCAGAGAGAAUCUUUGUCCCUGA